UUUUGUUGCGCCUUUUGGUGGCCGCGCGAGGAGGCCGAAAGAAUUUUGCAAAGGGACCUUGUCUGCUCCCUUUUGCCCCGCAUACGCCUCACCUGAUGGAGGAAAAGAAGGCGCGGCCGCCGUGUUGCGCUUUGCUGGUGGGCUGCGGCCGAAUUCUCCUGGCAGGGCUUGAAUGUCUGGCGUUGAAGACAGAUGCCAGCGUAGACCCCAGUCCCCAGUUCAAUUUAAAGCCAAGGUUGACGUUUGCGGGGCCGUGAAAAGGCAAAGGAGCCUGAAUUUAACCAAUAACUCAUACCGAGGCCUAUUGUGAAGCACGGAGAGGAUGCGGCGUGCCUGGCGCACGCGCACUAGGCUCCGUUUUGAACGGAACAGAAACAAAACCAAGUGAAGCGGCCCUUCAGGAAACGGCGGACUCGACUCGUCAAACCUCGGUUCCCGCGAGUGCUUUUCUUGGGCGGUCCGGAGACGUGGAAGUGUCCGCGACGGUGUGAAGGAAGCCGAUGUACAGCCAGAGGAGUUCCUCCGCGGGCGCCCAACCUCCCGCUCGAGAAAAUGAUCAAGAGAUGUAUGAAUGUCCAAUGUGUCACCUUGUUUGUACUGACUAUCCAGUUCUACAAGAACAUGUUGAAUUACACUUGGAGGAAUCCAGUUUUUUAGAAGGAAGAAACUUGCAUGAUCUAGAAUUGGCUCAGCAUAUCCAGAAUGAGGAAGUGAGGCAGCGAAGAGAAGCUUCAAGACGAGAGAGAGAAGAUUUUCAGAAGCUGCAAAGACAAUAUGGCGUGGAUGGUUCUGGUGGGUACAAGCAGCAGUCAUUGAAGAACAUGGAAAAGGAAGUAGCUCGGGGAAGAAUGAAGCCUUCUGAGUAUCAUAAGAGAAAAGCUGACAUGAUGGAAUCUUUGGCUUUUGGCAUUGAUGAUUUAAAGACACGGACUUCAGGCAUUACUGAAGUGCUCAGCCAUUACUAUCGAAGUGAAUCUAAAGACAUAAAGCGAGUCUGGCUUUCUAUGGGAGUGGAUCACUACUAUUGUUCUUUAGAAGAUAAAGGCUGGGGUUGUGGUUAUAGGAAUUUUCAGAUGAUGCUUUCUUCUCUCCUGAGAAACGGCACCUACCAAGACUGCUUGAAAGAUCUUCGAUCAGUUCCUUAUAUUCCAACAAUUCAGACUCUGAUUGAAAAUUCCUGGAGAGAAGGUUUUGAUCCCCAAGGAGCUUCUCACUUCAACAGCAGAUUACAGGGCACGAAGGCAUGGAUAGGAGCGUGUGAAAUUUAUUCACUUUUAACUUCUCUCAGCCUAAAGUGUCAAAUCAUUGAUUUUCACCAGCCAACUGGCCCAUCAGAAACACAUCCUCGUUUGUUUGAGUGGGUGCUGAAUUACUACAAUUCAGACAAGGGAAACAGUGCAAAAGUGGUUUGUACCUCCAAGCCUCCAAUCUAUCUUCAACACCAAGGCCAUAGUCGCACUGUUUUUGGAAUAGAAGAAAGGAAGAACAAAACCUUUGCUCUGCUAAUAUUUGAUCCAGGCUGCCCCUCACAAGAAAUGCAAAAACUCUCAAAAGAUGUUGAUGGUAACACUUUGAGGCUGGUUCGGAGAUUUGCGGGUGGCUUAAGACAUAAACAGUACCAAGUGGUGGCCAUAGAUGGUGUGCUGUCAGCAGAGGAAAAACUCGCCCGUCGUCAGGCUUCUCAGCUCUUUGUAGCUCAGAGGAUUCCUUGAAGGAUGGAUUACUGCAACUUUUUUUAAAAGGAAAGAUUUCUGGUGCAUUCACACCAGAAAUAGGU